AUGGUUUUUCUACGGCAUUUUUUGGGUAGUACUGCAAGACUUCCGAGCUACCAGAGGUUUUUCCACAGUGGGAAGCAAAUAUAUCAGAAGGCGUCGGAUCCAAAUCAUCUGGCUAUACUACUACAAAAGAACCUAGCUCAGAGAAACAGCUCAUUAUACAACCCUGAACUUGAGACAAUAAGGUGUACUAUUUUCAACAGCAAGGGCAUUAUUCAAAAACCGUCUAUUGAUCUUAGGAGAGAUGAGCUCAUUCAUACACACGGGCUCCUUCCACGGGAUUUAAGAAAGAUUGAGAAGUCUAGAAGAAAUGAUCUAGUGCCUAGUGUACUCGUUCGUGAAAAUAGUAUCCUAAUCAGCAUUCUAAAUAUAAGAGCGUUAGUGAAGUCAGAUAUGCUAAUUUUAUUUGAUUCAUUGGGGAUAAAGUUGGAUUCGGUAUCACAACAAAACUUUAUAACAGAUUUGCAACUGAGGCUACAGAAUAAGAGUGGAUUUGAUGUUCCAGAAUUAAUGAAUAAAGAUCCGCUACCUUAUGAAUUCAGAGCUAUUGAAUCUAUAUUUGUUUCAGCAAUUUCGAAUCUGAGCGCUGAACUCAAAGUUCAUCUAAAUGUCACCAACGGAAUUUUACAAGAUUUAGAGUAUAGCAUUACAAGGGACAAGCUUCGAUAUCUUUUGAUUCAGAAUAAGAAACUCUCUGUAUUUUACAAGAAGUCGUUCUUGAUGAGAGAAAUGAUAGACGAAUUAUUAGAUCAAGAUGAUGUUCUCUGCGAGAUGUACUUAACUGAGAAAAAACUUGGCAAACCAAGAGAAGAACAUGAUCAUGCAGAGAUUGAAAUGCUACUAGAAACCUACUAUAAUCAUGUUGACGAAAUUGUUCAAACUGUCGGAAAUACAAUGUCAAAUGUGAAAACAACUGAAGAAAUUAUAAAUAUUAUCUUGGAUUCUAAUAGAAACCAAUUGAUGUUACUCGGCUUAAGGUUCAGUAUUGGCCUUCUUUCUCUGGCAGGCUCCAUCUUUAUUGCAUCCGUGUAUGGUAUGAACUUGGAGAACUUUAUAGAAGAAGGCAAUUUCGGAUUCCCUCUAGUAUCAACGAUUGGCGUUGUGUUGAUGGCUUAUUUGUUCAUCUUCUCUAUAAAACAUUUACACAAAUUGGAAAAAGUUCAGUUGAUGAGCCACGGCAAGGGCUCUACCCUCAAGUAG